CUCCUUAUAAAUUUGUUGGACCAAUUUCCCAUUCUCAAUCCUACUUAAAAAAAUCGGUUAAUUACCAAAAAGGGUGAACGAAAAGUGUCAGCUUGGAUCGUCGAUGGCGGAGAAGAGGUUUAAGUACGUGAUCCUAGGCGGCGGUGUCGCUGCUGGAUAUGCAGCAAGGGAGUUUGCCAAGCAGGGGGUGCAGCCUGGUGAGCUGGCUAUUAUUUCCAAGGAAGCGGUGGCUCCAUAUGAACGCCCUGCUCUGAGUAAGGGAUAUCUCUUCCCUCAGGGAGCUGCAAGACUUCCUGGUUUCCAUGUGUGUGUUGGAAGUGGUGGAGAGAGAUUGCUUCCUGAGUGGUACAAGGAAAAAGGGAUUGAAUUGAUCCUUAGCACAGAAAUAGUGAAAGCAGAUCUUCCUGCCAACACUCUAGUAAGCGCAGCCGGAGAAACCUUCAAGUAUCAAAUUUUGAUCAUUGCAACUGGUUCCACAGUUAUAAAAUUGACAGAUUUUGGAGUGCAAGGAGCUGACGCUAAAAACAUCUUCUACUUAAGAGAAAUUGAUGAUGCUGAUGAGUUGAUAGAAGCUAUCAAAGCAAAAAAGAAUGGGAAGGCUGUUAUUGUUGGAGGAGGUUAUAUUGGUCUCGAGCUUGGUGCGGCAAUGAAAAUUAAUAAUUUUGAUGUCAGCAUGGUGUACCCUGAACCAUGGUGCAUGCCCCGGCUCUUCACCUCUGCGAUUGCUGCUUUCUAUGAGGGUUAUUAUGCUAAUAAAGGGAUCAAAAUUAUAAAAGGAACAGUUGCAGUUGGAUUCACCUCUAACUCAAAUGGAGAGGUGAAGGAAGUUAAGCUUAAGGAUGGCAGAGUGCUGGAAGCUGACAUUGUUGUUGUCGGUGUUGGUGGGAGGCCUCUUACAACAUUAUUUAAAGGGCAGGUUGAAGAGGAGAAGGGUGGAAUAAAGACUGAUGCUUGUUUCAAAUCAAGUGUUCCCAAUGUAUAUGCCGUGGGUGAUGUAGCCACUUUUCCUAUGAAGCUAUACAAUGACAUGAGAAGGGUUGAACAUGUUGACCAUGCCCGGAAAUCAGCUGAACAGGCAGUGAAGGCCAUUAAGGCAAGCAAGGAGGGGAAAUCAGUUGAUGAAUAUGACUACCUACCAUACUUCUAUUCUCGUUCCUUUGAUCUAGCAUGGCAGUUCUAUGGUGACAAUGUUGGGGAUACAGUGCUCUUUGGAGACAACAACCCACAAUCACCUAAGGCCAAGUUCGGAUCUUACUGGAUCAAAGAUGGGAAGGUCGUUGGGGCUUUCCUGGAGGGUGGCUCUGCUGAAGAAAACCAGGCUAUUGCAAAAGUUGCUAGGCUCCAGCCUUCAGUUGGGGAUUUGGAAGCCCUGACAAAUGAAGGUCUUUCCUUUGCCUGUAAGAUUUGAGGACUAUCAGUUGCCAUGCCUUACCCCCCACAAAAGAGAACAAAAAACAGAAAGGUUGUUGCCAGAGGACUAUAUAGAUUUAGACUUGGAUAUGCUUUUCAUGGGGUUGUGUUCUUAGUGCUCUUUGGGUUGAGUACAUAAAUUUGUGGGAUUUGCUAUGUUCUAUAUCGUAGUUAUCUCUUCUUGUGUUUCAUUUGAAUGAUGAAUAAUAAUAAUACUAUGUUUACUGUUAAGGUUUUUUUGUUGGUGUUA